AUGCUGGUUGAAAUGGAUACUGUUGGAAUAUUGGUAUGCUACAAUGGAAGUUGGGUUAAGAAGGAUAACAUUGAGAGUUACGAAGGUGGGGAGGCUAAAGGCAUAAUAGUGUCACGGAAUGUAACGUUUUCCGACCUUGUUCAGCGCAUUUAUAAGAUCAUGGAUGCAGAUCCCACGAAAUAUAUUGUCACACUGAAAUAUUCAGUUCCUGUAUCCUCAUCUGUCUGUAAGCAUAUAAGGGUUGAAGACAAUGAUGAUGUUAAAUAUUUUGUAAAGUACAACACAGAUGUUAUGGCCUCUAAAGUAACCCCUUUAGUAGCAAGCUUGAAAAAUAUUGAAGGUCAUGGUAUUGAAGGGUGCAAUGGCAUUGUAAGCGUUGAGAGUAGCAAUGCUCCUGCUGACUUUGUUGUGGAACAAAGAAAUGUGGUAAUUCGGGACAAUGAAACUGAAAAUGGUGGGAAUGAUUUUAAUUGGAGUGAUUGGGUUGAAGAAGUGAAUUUUGAAAGUGGUGAAAACAUAGUUGCUGAUUUCAAUGAACCUAGCAACGAAGAGGAACCGCAGUCUGCUCCGAUUCUGCAUCCUCAUGAGGACAGCAAUGUCGAACCCGUCCACUGUGCAGUGUAG